AUGUCCACUCUGGCCCUGCGAGUGGGGCCUGAUAGGCAGGUGGCCAGUGAUGGCGGGCAGGGGGAAGCGGGGAGAAUGUCACGGGAAGACGGUGGUCGCUCUGGGCUGGGCAAGGUCCGGCCUCUGUUUCCCCGUGAGGAGCCCCCGCGGCCCACCGAGAUGUCCCGGCACCACAGCCGCUUCGAAAGAGACUACCGGGUGGGCUGGGACCGCCGCGAGUGGAGUGCCAACGGGACUGGCGAGGCCAUCACCAGCCUCGUGGCCAGCUCUGCCUCCGCCACCACCACCAAGGCGCCCGGCAUCUCCAAAGCAGACAGUCAGUCCCAGGGACUCACGACCAGCAUCCGGUGGGGGCAGACGCCCAUCAAUCAGGCCACGCCCUGGGACACUGAUGAGCCGCCCUCCAAACAGAUGAGGGAGAGCGACAAUCCAGGCACAGGGCCAUGGGUGACCACGGUGGCCGCCGGGAGCCAGCCCGCCCUGAUCGCACACUCCUAUGGAGUGGCCCAGCCUCCCACCUUCAGCCCGGCUGUGAACGUCCAGGCCCCGGUCAUCGGGGUGACCCCCUCACUGCCUCCACACGUGGGGCCCCAGCUCCCGCUGAUGCCAGGCCACUACUCGCUGCCACAGCCACCCUCUCAGCCACUGAGCAGCGUGGUGGUCAACAUGCCCGCCCAGGCCCUGUAUGCCAGCCCACAGCCCCUGGCCGUCUCCACACUGCCUGGCGUGGGGCAGGUGGCCCGCCCGGGACCCACUGCGGUGGGCAACGGUCAUAUGGCAGGGCCCCUGCUGCCUCCACCGCCGCCAGCCCAGCCGUCGGCCACUCGCCCCAGCGGUGCCCCUGCCACCAACGGGCCCCCCACGACCGACUCCGCCCACGGGCUGCAGAUGCUGCGGACCAUUGGUGUGGGGAAGUAUGAGUUCACCGACCCUGGGCACCCCAAAGAAAUGUUGAAGGAAUUGAACCAGCAGCGCAGAGCGAAAGCCUUUACAGACCUGAAAAUUGUUGUUGAAGGCAGAGAGUUUGAAGUCCACCAAAAUGUUCUAGCUUCCUGCAGCUUGUAUUUCAAGGACCUGAUUCAAAGGUCGGUGCCAGACGGCAGCCAGAGCGGCCGGGAGAAGCUGGAGCUGGUCCUGUCCGACCUGCAGGCGGACGUCCUGGAGCUGCUGCUGGAGUUCGUGUACACGGGCUCCCUGGUCAUCGACUCGGCCAACGCCAAGACGCUGCUGGAGGCGGCCAGCAAGUUCCAGUUCCACACCUUCUGCAGAGUUUGCGUGUCCUUCCUGGAGAAGCAGCUGACGGCCAGCAACUGCCUGGGGGUGCUGGCCAUGGCGGAGGCCAUGCAGUGCAGCGAGCUCUACCACAUGGCCAAGGCCUUCGCGCUGCAGAUCUUCCCCGAGGUGGCGGCCCAGGAGGAGAUUCUCGGCGUCGCCAAGGACGACUUCAUCGCCUACAUCUCCAACGACAGCCUCAACACCAAGGCCGAGGAGCUCGUGUACGAGACCGUCAUCAAGUGGAUCAAGAAGGACCCUGCGUCCCGCGCACAGUACGCAGCGGAGCUCCUGGCGGUGGUGCGCCUCCCCUUCAUCCACCCCAGCUACCUGCUCAACGUGGUUGACAACGAGGAGCUGAUCAAGUCGUCGGAAGCGUGUCGGGACCUGGUCAACGAGGCCAAGCGCUACCACAUGCUCCCCCACGCCCGCCAGGAGAUGCAGACGCCCCGAACCCGGCCCCGCCUCUCCGCAGGUGUGGCUGAAGUCAUCGUCUUGGUUGGGGGCCGUCAGAUGGUGGGGAUGACUCAGCGCUCACUGGUGGCCGUCACCUGCUGGAACCCACAGAACAACAAGUGGUACCCCUUGGCCUCACUGCCUUUCUACGACCGCGAGUUCUUCAGUGUAGUGAGUGCCGGGGACAACAUCUACCUCUCAGGUGGGAUGGAGUCAGGGGUGACGCUGGCCGACGUCUGGUGCUACAUGUCCCUGCUCGACAACUGGAACCUUGUCUCCAGAAUGACGGUCCCCCGCUGUCGGCACAACAGCCUGGUCUACGACGGGAAGAUUUACACCCUCGGGGGGCUCGGCGUGGCCGGCAACGUGGACCACGUGGAGAGGUAUGACACCAUCACCAAUCAGUGGGAGGCCGUGGCCCCGCUGCCCAAGGCCGUGCACUCUGCAGCAGCCACCGUCUGCGGCGGCAAGAUCUACGUGUUCGGUGGCGUGAAUGAGGCGGGCCGCGCCGCAGGCGUCCUCCAGUCUUUCGUUCCACAGACCAACACGUGGAGCUUCAUCGAGUCCCCAAUGAUCGACAACAAGUACGCGCCCGCUGUCACCCUCAACGGCUUCGUGUUCAUCUUGGGUGGGGCUUACGCCAGAGCCACCACCAUCUACGACCCGGAAAAAGGGAACAUAAAGGCGGGCCCCAACAUGAAUCACUCUCGCCAGUUCUGCAGUGCCGUGGUGCUCGACGGCAAGAUCUAUGCGACGGGGGGCAUCGUCAGCAGCGAGGGGCCGGCGCUGGGCAACAUGGAGGCCUACGAGCCCGCCACCAACACCUGGACCCUCCUCCCCCACAUGCCCUGCCCCGUGUUCAGACACGGCUGCGUCGUGAUAAAGAAAUACAUUCAGAGCGGCUGACGUCGGCGGGACAGCCACGCGAGACCGUGGACGAGUCUGGUGAGGCACGUGCUCCUCACAGGAUCAGUUUUCAGCAACACCCACAAGAGGCCGACAGGCACACCCGGGGGACUCGCUGCGCUAGGCAUUCGGAUCCUCUGCAUCGAAUGUCCUUGCCUGUGGGGGACCCGGGCUUAGCUCGGGGCACAGGGACCCACCUUCCAGGGCGGCCUCGGGCUCCGCGGAAGGACUUGCUCUGACGGAGGCGCUCACUCUGCCCGGUGCAAUAGAGUCUCACAUAUUUUUCAACUGGGAGAGAGCAGCUGCUUUUUCCUUCCUGCAGAGCAAGCCGGACCCCUAGACCACCACAGAUCAGUUAUCCUAUAACAAUAGUAGGCGUCAGGCUCCCUUGGGAUAAGAUCAAAGUGUCCUUAUCACUUUGAUUGCUGUUUUGUUUUUAACCAGCCUACACUUCCAGUGGCGGGAUGCGCAGCGCAGCGCAGGGCCCGCUGUGGCCGGAGCCGCCGCAGGGGCAGCCGUAGGGACCGUUGGGGGAGCGUCUGUCCUCCCCAGGUUCUCCUACCAUGUUUUUGCUGCAGAAGGGCCAGAUGAUCGUGCUAGCUUUCUCUUAUCCAAUAUGAAGUAUUUAGAUUUCCAAGGCGUUUUCUUGAUAAACAAAAGGCUAUUUUUAAGUACGGGGAGGAGGCGGCCAGGCCGGGGAGCAGGCGGGAGCUCCGGAGCUCUGAGGAGGUCGUGCCGGGGUGGCACGGGCUCUAGUUUUUCUACGUGCAGAAGAGAGGAGCUCGCCUGGGUGGCACAGAGGCACCCGUUUUAUUUUUAGAGAAAGUAACUCCCAGACAGCCCCCUACGAGCGGUGCCUCCUGGGGACAUCGUCCAAUAAAGAGGCUGUUCUAGCAGGAAACGACCAGCUCCCUCCUGGGGGGAAGGCUGAGGCCCCGGGCCGGCGGGGCGGAGGACGGGAGGACGCGUCCACAGAGCACGGGGGACUAUUUUUGAUAUUUAUAUUCGUAGCUCUAUAGCACGGCACCUGCCACCACGUGCUCAGGGUGGGGCAGCCUUCGUAGACGAGCCAUGACAGCCGAGGCCUGGGGCGUGGGCAGAAUCUUCUAGCAGCAUAUUAACCCGAGACAGGGAAGCCAGGAGGGCGGCCACACGGGGCUCCAAGGAGAAAGGCCUGCCCGCCAAGGCCGCCCUCAGACCCGCACACCUCACGCGGUGGUCAGUGUCCACGCCAGGGCAGGAAGAAGGCCGCCGCUGCCGCGCUGUUUAGUUGAAGUUGGUACCAAAUACACAUUUACCAUUUUUAUAUCUGGGAAGUCAACUUGCAUUUCAUGAUUUAAAAAAAUAAAAUAAAAUAGUAAAAAGCCACUGGUAAGGAGCAAAGGCCAGGCCACGCUUCCCGUCUCUCCGCGAGGACGACCGAGCGCUCAUGCUCGCACGGACAGGUGUGGCUCCCACUCGGACGAGACACCGAGCUUCGUGAUGCAGUUUUUAAUAUUAUUUAUUCUUUUAAAAAGUAAUAAGCACAAAACUACAUACGUUGUAUGUCAUUUACAGUAUUUAUGUCAAACAGGGUGCAAGUGUGAACCCAAGGACUGGAGCACAAAUUUCUAACUGCCCGGGGCAGGGCUAACGUUCGCGUUGGUGUGCGUCUGCCUCCAAAGGAGGUGUUAGCGGUCAGCAGGACUCAACACAGGUGGCACUGAAAUUCCGUUUCUCUCCUCACUGAUCACACUGGAGCAAAACUGGCUAUUUCUGUGAAUGAUAUAAACAGGGUUCUCUGUAAUGGUAUUGUACAUAGUAUAUGUUUAUCGUUAAGUUCUUGUUAUAUUAUAAUAAAUAUAUUUAUAGAUCUAGA